CUGUCCCUUUCCACCUUCAGCCAUUUUAACCAUGCUGGGUGCUGUCGGACGCUGUUGCACUGGGGCACUGCAGGCGCUGAAGCCGGGGGUCAACCCCCUGAAGGCCUUCAGCGGUGCCCCAGCUGCUCUUUACUCGCGUAGGAACUAUGCCGCUGCGGCUGCUCCUUCAGCCAAGGCCGCUACUGCCACUGGCCGCAUCGUAGCUGUGAUCGGUGCCGUUGUGGACGUGCAGUUCGAUGAGGGCCUGCCCCCUAUCCUCAAUGCCCUGGAAGUCGCCGGCCGCGAGACCAGGCUGGUGCUGGAGGUGGCACAACAUCUCGGGGAGAACACCGUGCGAACCAUCGCCAUGGAUGGUACAGAGGGUCUGGUCCGUGGGCAGCAGGUGCUCGACACUGGGGCUCCCAUCAGGAUUCCUGUGGGUCCUGAGACCCUAGGGAGGAUCAUGAAUGUCAUUGGGGAGCCCAUUGACGAGAGAGGACCAAUCACCACCAAACAGACGGCCCCCAUCCAUGCUGAGGCUCCAGAGUUCACAGACAUGAGUGUGGAACAGGAGAUCCUGGUGACUGGCAUCAAGGUGGUCGACCUGCUUGCCCCCUACGCCAAGGGUGGUAAGAUCGGUCUUUUUGGUGGUGCUGGUGUGGGCAAGACUGUACUGAUCAUGGAGCUGAUCAAUAACGUUGCCAAGGCCCAUGGUGGUUACUCCGUGUUCGCCGGAGUGGGAGAGCGCACCCGCGAGGGAAAUGACUUGUACCAUGAAAUGAUCGAGUCUGGUGUCAUCAACCUGAAGGACACCACUUCCAAGGUGGCGCUGGUGUAUGGUCAGAUGAACGAGCCCCCUGGUGCCCGUGCCAGAGUCGCCCUGACUGGUCUCACUGUUGCUGAGUAUUUCCGUGAUCAGGAGGGACAGGAUGUGCUGCUCUUCAUUGACAACAUCUUCAGAUUCACACAGGCUGGGUCAGAGGUGUCUGCCCUGCUGGGUCGUAUCCCUUCUGCUGUGGGCUACCAGCCCACCCUAGCCACUGACAUGGGUACCAUGCAGGAGAGAAUCACCACCACCAAGAAGGGUUCCAUCACCUCAGUACAGGCUAUCUAUGUGCCUGCUGAUGACUUGACUGACCCCGCCCCUGCCACCACCUUUGCCCACUUGGACGCCACCACUGUACUGUCCCGUGCCAUUGCUGAGCUUGGCAUCUACCCUGCUGUGGACCCCCUGGAUUCUACCUCCCGUAUCAUGGACCCCAACAUUGUAGGAGCUGAGCACUAUGAUGUUGCUCGUGGUGUGCAGAAGAUCCUCCAGGACUACAAGUCUCUUCAGGAUAUCAUUGCUAUCCUGGGUAUGGAUGAGCUGUCGGAGGAGGACAAGCUGACCGUGGCUCGCGCCCGUAAGAUCCAGCGCUUCUUGUCCCAGCCCUUCCAGGUGGCUGAGGUCUUCACUGGUCACUUGGGCAAACUUGUGCCCCUGAAGGACACCAUCAAAGGAUUCAAGAGCAUUCUUGGAGGCGAGUAUGAUGCCUUGCCCGAGCAGGCCUUCUACAUGGUUGGUCCCAUUGAGGAAGUAGUCCAGAAGGCUGAGAAACUGGCUGAAGAACAUUCGUAAUUGACUUGAUAGGAGGAGGGGUGGGGAAAGCUAUUGUGGGAGGAGCACUUGGUUUGUAUGUUCAAAACUGUAUCUGUCAUCAUGAUAAAGAGUUCUAUUUAAUGUUUCCAUUUUAAGGGAAAGAUGAGGAUGGUAUUAAAAAUCUGUCUCGUGA